AUGCCUUACGAGCGCUAUGGAACGGAACUUGUCGACCCUGCACCUCUGGGUCGCCCACUUGAACUCUACCCUUCUGGCCGUAGAGUAUUGAAUCGAUUCAUGAAAAGCUCUAUGGCUGAAUCAUUGGCUACAUGGGACCCGAAAGUGCCUCAUCUGCGAGGCGUACCAACAGAUGAAUCUAUUGAACUAUAUCGCCGCUGGGGAGAAGGUGGAUGGGGUCUUAUUCUUACUGGAAACAUGGAUAUCUCCUUUGAUUCAAUGGAUGAUUUGGGAGACAUGAUCAUUACCACCGACUGCCCAAUGAGCGGUCCUCGUUUCGAGAAGUUUCAGGAGCUCGCGAAAGCAGCCAAAGCUCACGGCAGCUUGAUCAUUGGACAGUUGAGCCAUCCGGGAAGACAGGUUCAGGCUCGCUUGAAUCCAGAGGCGAUAUCGGCAUCUGAUGUGCAGCUAGAACCAAAGAUGGGCAUGUCUUUUGGCAAACCACAUCCUGCUAGCAAAGCAGAGAUAGACGAAAUCGUCGAGGGCUUUGCGUAUGCCGCCGAAUAUCUGGAUAAGGCGGGCUUUGAUGGCAUUGAGCUCCAUGCUGCCCAUGGCUAUAUCAUCGCACAAUUUUUAUCGCCACGGACGAAUAAGCGCACUGAUGAAUAUGGAACUCAAACAGUAGAGAACCGCUUGCGAUUCAUUACGGAUAUCGCAAGAGCUAUCAGAAAACGCGUGUCACCCAGCUUCGUCGUUGGAGCAAAGCUUAACAGCGUGGAAUUCCAAGACGCAGGAGUCACUCCGAAGGAAGCCGAAGAAGUCUGUGGCGGGCUUGAACAGGAAGGCUUUGACUUUGUUGAACUAAGCGGAGGCAACUACGAAAAUUUUGGCAUGAAGUGGGAGAAAGAUUCGACGCAGAAGCGAGAAGCCUACUUUUUGAAAUGGGCCAAAGUCGUCAGCGAAAGUCUUCCAGCAGACAGCAAACUCAAGAUGUUCUUGGUUGGCGGCAUUCGAACGGUUGAUGCCAUGCUGGAGAUCUUGAAGACUAUCGAUGGAGUUUCGUUUGCGAGACCUGCUGCCGCCGAGCCGGAUUUGCCUACCAAGGUAUUGUCAGGGAAGGUCACAGGAACCAUCAAGCCUGUGGAGGGUAAUGACGAUAUUGGCGGCAAGUUUGCUGUGGAUCUUGGCAUGGCCAAGACACAGCUCAGAUUGACUGCUCGAGGUUAUCAGACGAUCGACUUUAGCGACGAAGAGGUUAUGGCGCAUUUCAAGAAAGAUAUCGACGUUUGGUGGGACAACCUGGUGGCUGAUGGCGAUAAGCUAGAGUACAUUCGUGCCCCUGAGUAUACCGGCCCUGUGGUGUUGGCCAAAUGA